CUUAUCUCCAAUUGGUAUAAAAUCUUGCUAAUCAUCUCUUUCCAUGUCGAGGUCCUGUCUCUAGGUGCCGAUGUUUUGCCCGAGUACAAGCUCCAGGCUCCAGACAUUCACAAGUGGAUCAUGCUACACUACAGUCCUUUCAAAGCCAUGUGGGACUGGAUCAUUCUUCUGCUAGUGCUCUACACAGCAGUCUUCACGCCGUACUCUGCUGCUUUCCUCCUCAAUGAGCUGGAGCAGGAGAAGAGACACAUCUGUGGUUACACUUGUAACCCUUUAAAUGUAGUAGACAUGAUAGUGGACGUUCUGUUCAUCAUAGACAUUGUUAUUACCUUCAGGACAACAUACGUGAAUCAUAACGAUGAGGUGGUGACCCAUCCCAAACUCAUCGCCAUCCAUUAUAUCAAAGGCUGGUUUCUCAUCGACAUGGUGGCCGCAAUUCCAUUUGAUCUGCUCAUCUUCAGGUCUGGAUCAGAUGAGACGACAGCCACUCUCAUUGGCCUGCUGAAGACAGCUCGUCUGCUGCGCUUGGUCCGGGUAGCCAGAAAAUUAGAUCGAUACUCGGAGUAUGGAGCUGCAGUCCUCUUCUUGCUCAUGUGCACCUUCGUGUUGAUUGCUCAUUGGUUGGCAUGUAUCUGGUAUGCCAUUGGUCAUAUGGAGAGGCCUUACAUGAAGACAGGCUGGCUGGAUAACCUGGCUGACCAACUGGGGAAGCAUUACAACGACAGUGAUGCCAGCUCGGGACCCUCCGUUCAGGAUAAAUACGUCACUGCACUCUAUUUCACCUUUAGUAGUCUGACCAGCGUGGGCUUUGGGAACAUCUCUCCAAACACCAACUCAGAGAAGAUUUUCUCAAUCUGUGUCAUGCUUAUUGGCUCUCUCAUGUAUGCCAGCAUAUUCGGGAAUGUCUCUGCAAUAAUUCAGAGGCUUUAUUCGGGAACAACGCGCUAUCACACCCAGAUGCUGCGGGUUAAAGAGUUUAUCCGCUUCCAUCAGAUACCUGGAGAACUGAGGCAGAGACUGGAGGAAUAUUUUCAGCAUGCCUGGUCCUACACCAAUGGCAUUGAUAUGAAUGCAGUCUUGAAAGGUUUUCCUGAGUGUUUGCAAGCUGAUAUUUGCUUGCAUCUGAAUCGUAGUCUGCUGCAGAACUGUAAGGUGUUCCGAGGGGUGAGUAAAGCGUGUCUGAGAGCUCUCGCCAUGCGCUUCAAAACCACCCAUUCGCCACCUGGAGACACCCUCUAUCACCACGGCGACGUGAUCAAAGCCCUCCACUUCAUCUCCCGUGGUUCCAUUCAAGUGUCGCAACAUAACAUUGUGUUGGCCAUCUUGGGGAAGAAUGAUGUCUUUGGCGAGCCUUUAAAUCUGUAUACAGAUCCUGGUCACAGUAACGCUGAUGUUACUGCACUCACCUACUGUGACCUUCACUGUAUCCAAAGAGAUGACCUUCUAGAGGUGCUGGACAUGUACCCUGCAUUUGGCGAGAGCUUUUGGAGGAACCUAGAAAUCACCUUUAACCUACAAGACGCUGAACAGAUGAUGACCAGUGAAAAUUUGGACUGUGGAUACCAUAUGAAUGGCAUACGACACCACCAAAACUCACUAGACAGACGCAACAAGCCAGAUGGAAUGGACCAGAAUGACUCAUACCCAUCUCGGAUGUGUUUGGCCCUGGGUCACCAUCAUUCUCCAACCUCUCACAUGCACUGGGAGGAGCUGUGGAGCUGUGAAAGCUCUACACUGCAGUCCAGUGAAAACCUCAGCAAGUCUCCCAUCAGCCAUGGUGAGCAGUACACCUCGGACGCAGAUCAUCUGGACUACCCCUCUGCUGUUGUGAGACUAAUACCACCGCGAGGUGCUUCUGGGGUCAGCAGAGAGCCUGGCAUGCCUGUGGGGCAUUUGGCUCCUCCUCCAUCUGGAUUGUACCAUUACUGGCCUGACCACCAGGCAGCUCAUUUCGCUGAACAGACUCAGCGCCCCCUAUCUGUCCGGACCUCAUUCCCACCACCGCUCUUUGAGCAUCAACCCAGUGAACUUGAGUCCAGACUGGAGCUCCUGCAGAGCCAACUUAAUAGACUGGAGACCAGAAUGACAGCAGACAUCAAUGUGAUCCUUCAGCUUCUCCAGCGACAGAUUGCUCCAGUGCCCCCAGCAUAUAGCACUGUAUUACCUGAGAACCACACUCCUGACUCUGCUAUACUGUACGGAAGCAGCACCCCAGUACUUCACAGCAUAUACCCGAUCCCAAACAUUCAGCUGGACAGUAGAAAUACCACUAUUCAGAGUUCAGCCCAGCCAGAUUCCAUAUUCAAUUCAAAUUCCCAGGGUUCUCUGUCCAGUGGUGUUCACAUGGGAGCUGCAUCAGACGAUUGUGUACCUGAUAAACUGGAAACGAAUGCUGUUUCAGCCCCAGCCCUUCAGCCCAUUUUGAUAGAUGCACCAUGCCUCUGUUCAUCCCUCCACUUUCCCUCAUUGCCUGGCAACCUGGACACUUCAUCACGCCUGGAAGAAAUUCCCAAACACAUGUCUGACCCUGCCUUACCGGUCAGCUAAAAUCACAACACACCAUCAAUUGGCUUAUCGUAACAGAACAAUGAGAACACAUCAAGACACAGUCACAAUAAAUCCAGCUUUAUUGUGUUGUGGAUGUUAAGAAGACCAUGCAAAUCGACCAUCUUGGUUAACCAUGUGUUGCUGCCCAUCAGUUAGGACAGCCUUAA